AUGUACUAUUCUACUCCACACUCCGUUACCGGUAAAACUCCAACUGAGCUUUUGUUGGGUCGUACCAUUAGAACUAAGAUUCCGUUCUUGAAGGAAGUUGAAACAAACCCAAUAACUGAAGAGUUUCAGGACCGUGACUGGAGUAGCAAAUAUCAUUCAGGUCAUCAUGAAAAUGAAAAACGGAAUGCGAAGGAGUCCAAUCUAAAGGAAGCAGAUAAAGUUGUGAUGCAAAACCUUAACCCUGUAAACAAGCUGAGCACCACGUUUGACCCAACGGAAUGCACGAUAGUGUCGAAAUCAGGAACACGUGUUACGGUGCAGAAUGAAAUGACUGGGGAAAACUUAUCAACGCAACUCAGCACUCGGAUCACGGAAGCAGCAACUAUCAAUAUUCAAUCACGUACUAGCGACUAUCAUCAACAACUACAAUGUGCGGUACUCUACAAGAUCUCCGACCCGAUUCCGCACAAAUUCGUCGAUAUCACGGAUUGGCGGUUACACCCAAGCAAGCAACUAGCAGAUAGGGGGUUCAACAUCCCUGGCAACGUCGACCUACUUAUUGGUGCAGGUUUCUUUUAUAAACUGCUCGGUAACGAAAGAGUCUCACUGGGUGAAGCACGGCCCAUUCUUCAAAACACACAUUUAGGUUGGGUCGUGGCAGGCAUUUAUGACACUGAGCUAUCACCAGCUACUGCGGCAACAUCCUCAAGUGCACUUUGCUUCAAAUCAUCAUUCCUAUCUGAUGAAUCAUCGACCCUGAACAGAAUGGUGGCAAGAUUUUGGGAGCUGGAAGAUUUUGCGCCAACGAAACACCUAACAGAAGAGGAGAGACUGUGCGAAGAGCAUUACCAACAAAACACUGUCAGAGCUACUUCGGGAAGAUACAUCGUCAAGCUACCUUUUCGUAAGGACCCGGCAUUAAUAGGCGAAACGGCGUAUUCGGCUUUGCACCAAUUCAAUGCAGUGUCGCGAAAGCUGGAAAGAAAUCCGGAAUUAAGACAUAGAUACUUCGAAUACAUCAACGAGUUCAUCGAAAAUGGCUACAUAUCCAAAGCAGACCCGGCAGGCCCGUCGGAACGACUAAUCUACCUACCACACCACGGAGUGCUGAAGGAACAAAGUGCUACGACCAAAUUAAGAGUUGUUUUCAAUGCGUCACUCAAAUCAACGAACGGUACAUCACUAAACGAUCUCCUCAUGGUGGGCCCUGUAGUUCAAGAAAAUCUGUACACCAUCCUACUGAAUUUUCGCAUACCGUGCAUCGCCAUCACCGGGGAUAUUGAGAGAAUGUAUUUGCAGAUCCAUGUCAGUGAAGCAGAUAAGCAUCGUAUUAGAAUGUUGUGGCAAGAACCGGAAAACCCAUCGCUGAGUACACACUGA